GACUACCGCUCCCGGCAUGCUUCGCGCUAGGACUACAACUCCCGGCGUGCCCCGCGCGACCUCCACAGCGGCGGGAGCGGCGCGGCAGCAUGCGGCUCUCGGUCCUGCUGAGCGCGGCGCGGCCGCGGCUGCCCCGGGGCUACCGGCACGGCACGUGGCCCCCCGACUCCACGGCCGCCCGGCUCCGCAACCCGCCGGGCCAGCGCCGCCGCAAGGUCUUCGUGGAGCCCGUGGCCAAGGACGACUGGAAGGUGUUCAAGGGUGACACGGUGCAGCUGCUGGCCGGGAAGGACGCGGGCAGGCAGGGCAUGGUCACGCAGGUGGUGCGAGAGCGCAACUGGGUGGUGGUGGAAGGGCUGAACACGCACUUUCGCUACGUCAACCGCACGGCCAAGUACUCGGGCUCCUACAUCGCCAGCGAGGCGCCGCUGCUGCUCAGCCAGAUCUGCCUGGUGGACCCCGAGGACCGGAAGCCGACGGAGGUGGAGUGGAGGUACACGGAGCAGGGCGAGCGCGUGCGCGUGUCGCUGCGCAGCGGCCGCAUCCUGCCCGUGCCCCCGCAGCCGCGCCGGGACGGCGUCGUCCCCGAGCAGUGGAUCGAUGGCCCCAAGGACACGUCGGAGGAGGACGCGCUGGCCAAGACGUACCGGCCGUCGCUGAAGACCUUCGAGGAGGAGAUCAUGGAUGCCAUGGGCAUCGUGGAGACACGGCGGGCCAAGAAAUCCUACUGGUAUUGACUGGGGGAGCUGGGAGCCCCCCCAGCCAGCCCAGGAAAUCCUACUGGUAUUGACUGGGGGAGCUCAGAGCCCCCCCAGCCAGCCCAGGAAAUCCUACUGGUAUUGACUGGGAGAGCUGGGAGCCCCCCAAGCCAGGCUAAGAAAUCCUACUGGUAUUAAGUGGGAGAACUGGGAGCCCACCCAGCCAGCCCAGGAAACCCUACUGGUGUUAACUGGGAGCCCCCCGAGCCAGGCCAGGAAAUCCUACUGGUAUUAACUGGGAGAGCUGGGAGCACCCCGAGCCAGGCUAGGAGAUGCUACUGGUGUUAACUGGGGGAGCUGGGAGCCCCCCGAGCUGGGCUCUGCAAUAAACACCCCCUGGAUUUGC